UGAUUGCUUCCUUCAAAUUUCCCCCCGCGUCGAAAAGCGACCAUCCGCCCAUAUCCAGACCACAUCGGACCAGGAGGAGAAUCGCUGGCAAUGGCUGCACUUCGCUUCAAGUCACCCUACAAAAUAGCCGUGAUCCCUGGCGAUGGUAUUGGCAAGGAAGUCGUGCCCGUGGGCGUGCGCAUCCUGCAGGCUUGCGCCAAAAAGUACGGCUUCGAGGUGCAGCUCGAGCAUUUUGACUUUGCCUCGUGCGACUACUACGAGCGCCAUGCCAAGAUGCUGCCCGAUGACUGGGUCGAGGUCCUUUCGCGCUUCGACGCCCUCUUCUUUGGCGCCGUAGGAGACCCAAAGCGGGUGCCGGACCACAUCAGCCUCUGGGGCAGCCUGCUCCUCUUCCGGCGCCAAUUUGACCAGUACGUUAACCUCCGUCCGGCCAGGAGCGUGGCCGGCGUGCCCGGACCGCUGCGCAACCCGGGCAAGAUUGACUUCUGGAUCGUGCGCGAAAACACAGAGGGCGAGUACACGGAGCUCGGCGGCAAGAUCUUCCACGGCACUCAGCGGGAGAUGGUGGUGCAGGAGACGGUCAUGACGCGCGUCGGCAUCGAUAGGAUUCUCGAGUACGCCUUCGAUCUCGCCCAGAGCCGGCCUGCCAAGCAGCUGACGAGCGCGACGAAGAGCAAUGGCAUCUCCAUCACCAUGCCCUACUGGGACCAGCGCGUGGCAGAGAUGAGCAAGCGGUACCCCGAUGUCAAAGUCGAAUCGUACCACAUCGACAUCCUCUGCGCACACUUUGUGCAAAAGCCAUCGAGUUUCGACGUCGUCGUCGGCAGCAACCUCUUUGGCGACAUUCUCUCGGACCUCGGCCCGGCCGUGACAGGCUCGCUGGGACUGGCUGCGAGCGGCAACAUCAACCCGACGGGCAAGUGGCCGUCGUUGUUUGAGCCAGUGCACGGCAGCGCGCCCGACAUCAUGGGCCAAAACAUUGCCAACCCCAUCGGCCAGCUCGAGGCGGGCAGCAUGAUGCUCCGCCACCUGGGCCAGCCCCAGGCGGCCGACGACAUCAUCCUCGCCGUCAAUGCCGUCCUAGGCAGGGGCAAGCCCGACGAGCUCACGAGAGAUCUGGGCGGACAGGCGUCGACGACGCAGCUGGGCGACGCCAUCGAGCGCGAGAUCUUGGCACCAGCUGCUACUACAUCGUCCUGACCCUGAUGCUUGUCCUCAAUCCUCGUUGUAGCAGGACAGUAGGGGAGAGACACUUAAUUCAGAAUUCUAUCGAGAUCGAUGGAACUGGCC